AUGAACAGGGAGCUCGCCUGUGACUACCAGUUCUAUCACAGAGCCAGUAAGGGCAGCGGGGAUGAGGGGCCUCCCGGCCCCCAGGAGUCCCAGAACGCCCCGUCAGCAGUGUACCGGCCAGCACCCUCUGCAGUGGGGGAUGCCACUCACCUGGCCUCCACGGGGCAGACCCCUGACGGCAGCCAGGUGAGUGGCGGAGGCAAUCUCCUACUGCAAGGGGUGCUGAGUGGCACACUGCUGCUCGAAGCAGCGUUCAGGCUGCAAAGGCUGCGGACCCUCCUACGUAACCGGAGGCCCAAGUCUGGUCCACCAGAAGGAAGCAGCAAGAGAAAAAAAGAGAGUGCCACAGUUCCCAUGGCUGCUCAUCCCAAGAGCUGGCACUUCAUUGCCUGCUGCAGAAAACCAAAAGAGCAACAGGAACCUGAGCAGCAGGGGGGGGUUGGUAUCAGCACUCCACCAGCCCCUCCCAGAGCAAAAUGGUAUCAUCUCUGCAGGAGGAGGGAGGCUGUUGCUGUCAAGAAUGGGAGGGAUGCACACAAACACAGGCAAAGCUCAAGAGGACUUGAAAACCUGUCUGGAGUGAGCGGUAUGCACUGCUCCCUCGACUCCUCAGACCAGUCCCAGCUGGAGAACCUAGAACUGGUUGAGGAGGUCAUGGUGGACCGCUCAACACAGACUGUCUGGGAAGACCAAAGCGAUGCCGAGAGGCAAAGCUCCAGAGCAGAUUGGAACCAGUCUGGAGUGAGCAGUAUGCACUGCUCCCUCGUCUCAGACCAAUCCCAGCUGGAGGACCUUAAACUGGAUGAGGAGCUAACCGUGGGCAGCCCAAAAGAGCGGGUCUCCAGAUGGGAAAACAUGGGCUACACAGACAGCCAAAGCUCCAGAGCAGUUUGGAACCAGUCUGGAGAUUCAGUGGUCAGCAGCAUGUACUGCUCCCUUUUCUCCUCCAGCUCCUACCACUCUGAGGUGGAGGACUGGAAAGUGGAUGAGGAUCUCAUGGAAAUCAUCCACCGGCAUAUGGAGGACAGAGAGGAGAGAGCCAACAAUCAGGAUGAGGAUGUCCAUUUCCUCGCAGUCCUCUGCGCUUGCUGCAAGGCUGCAUAUAAGAGCGGCCAGGAGAGUCUGGAUCUCCCCUACAGCAAAGGAGAACUGAUAAAAGCAAUCGUGGUGGUGAUGGAGAAGUCCCCUGUGCAGGCUGGGCCUACCAUUCUCCUGCUUUAUGCCAUGGCUGCCGUCUCCUGCCUCAGCAAAAUCAAGCCUCCAACUGACCCAGAGCUAGAGUCUGCGAUCCUGCGCUUCGCUGUUCGCGGGGUCAUAAAGGUGCAAGCAGGACAUGUCCACAAACAGGCUCUCGCCUUGACUGUGCUGAGCUCCUCUUUGUUGACAUGCUGGAGGGCGGGGCCCGGGGGGAGUGCCGCAAUUAUACACUGGCUCUCUCUUUUCCUUCAGGCUCUGCACAAACUAGCAGCAGACAAUCUGGAGCUGAUGCUUAGGGGGUUUUUGUCAGAGGCCCCAACCACACAGCAUCUCUUGUCCCUCCUGGAGCACAUCAACAUCUGGAUCCUCUCCAGGAAUGCCCAGGAGAGAGCACGAGCCAGCAAACAAUGCGCCAGCUUGCUCCGCUUUAGUGUCAUGAUGCCUGAUUGUGAUAACUCUGCAGAACUCCCCAGUUUGGGCCACCAUGUGGCGAAACUAGGAAUCUGCAUAAUGGAUUCCAGGAAGGACGUGAGCAGGUAUGCCAGGGAGGGAAUCUACCGGCUCCUAGAGGUGCUUCUCCACCACAAAGGCCAGAGCAGCAAUGAUGCUGCGGAUCUGUGGAGCCGGAGAUGGCAGGAGGAUGAAAGAAUACUGGCGUAUCUCAACACAGCCAGAGUUGGGGAGGUUUUCAGGGAGAUCUUCAACAAAGAUCAGAAAAGAUCCUUCCUGAGGACCACUCUUCGGGCCAUUAAUCAUCCCCUCCACAGAUUUAAGGAGGCUGGUUUGAUUCUCCUCUACUCACUCUUUGGCAAGGCCGAUGCACUGAUGGGGUAUGAGGAGGAGGAAAUCCGGAGGAAAAUCUGGCGUCGUCUCCGCCAAAUCAAAGAAAGCAAAGGGCUGCCAGAAGAAAUCGAAGGUAUCUUAAAAAACCAAGGUGACUUACUGAUGGACCUUGGCAGUGCCGCUAAGCCGACUACCCUCCCAUGACACCUUUCCUUCCUUCCCUCCCAUGACACCUUUCCUUCCUUUCCAUAUGAAACACUCAAGUAUAAACAUACCAAGAGAAAAAUCAUAUAACAUC